AUGUCCGCUUCUCCCACCACCUGCCUUGCCAGGCCGGCUGGCCCUGAGACCCCCCGGGCCAGCCCCCUGCUUGGCCAGCGGGACACCUGGAGCAAGAAGGUGGAUUUCCUUCUGUCCGUGGUAGGAUUUGCCGUCGACCUGGGCAACGUCUGGCGCUUCCCCUACAUCUGCUACCAGAACGGAGGGGGAGCCUUCCUCAUCCCCUACAUGCUGAUGGCCGUCUUCGGAGGCGUGCCCCUUUUCUACAUGGAGCUGGCUCUGGGGCAAUUCCAUCGGGUCGGAGCCAUACCCAUCUGGAAGAACAUCUGUCCCAUCUUCAAAGGCAUCGGCUUCGCCAUCUGCGUUAUCAACCUCUACGUGGCCUUCUACUACAACACCAUCAUUGCUUGGGCCCUCUUCUACUUCUGCUCCUCCUUCGCCCGCCCCCUGCCCUGGGCCAGCUGCAGCAACCCCUGGAACACCCCCAGCUGCCUCAGCUACUUUGAGGCUGGCAACGUCUCCUGGACCAACCUCUCCAAGUCCCCCGCCGAAGAGUUCUACAUGAGGCACGUCCUGCAGGUGCAGAAUUCGCAUGGACUGUCUGACGUGGGCGAGAUCCGUUGGCAGCUGCUGCUCUGCCUCUUCCUCAUCUUCACUACUGUCUACUUCAGCCUCUGGAAAGGAGUCAAGACCUCAGGGAAGGUGGUUUGGGUGACGGCCACCCUGCCCUACAUCGUCCUGCUCAUCCUGCUGAUCCGUGGGGCAACCCUCCCGGGGGCCUGGAGGGGGAUUGUCUUCUACCUGCAACCCGAUUGGCAGAAGCUGAGGAGCAUCGACGUGUGGGUGGACGCAGCCGCCCAGGUCUUCUUCUCCCUGGGGCCGGGAUUCGGGGUCCUCCUUGCCUUGGCCAGUUACAACCCCUUCAACAACAACUGUUACCGAGACGCCAUCGUGACCAGCCUGGUCAACUGCUUCACCAGCUUCCUCUCCGGAUUCGUCAUUUUCUCCGUCCUGGGCUACAUGGCCGAAAUGCGGCACAUGGACGUGGUGGAUGUGGCAAGGGACCAAGGCCCCAGCCUCCUCUUCAUCACUUACCCGGAAGCCCUUGCCAACAUGACCGGAUCCUCCUUCUUCGCCAUCCUCUUCUUCCUCAUGAUGGUCACGCUGGGACUGGACAGCACGUUCGGGGGCCUGGAAGCCGUGAUCACCGCCCUGAUGGACGAGUAUCCCCAAGUGCUGGGCGAGCACCGCCAGCUGUUCGUGCUGGGACUCAUCAGCCUCUGCUUCCUGGGCUCCCUGGCCACGCUGACCAAUGGGGGGCCCUACAUUGUGAAACUCCUGGAAGAGUUUGGGGCUGGCUGCUCCAUCUUAGCCGUGGUGUUCCUGGAAGCCAUUGCCGUCUCCUGGUUCUACGGAAUGCAGCAGUUUUGCAGCGACGUGAAGGCCAUGCUGGGCUUUGGGCCAGGACUCUACUGGCAAGUGUGCUGGAGAGUGGUCAGCCCAGCCACCUUGGCGUUCAUUCUCAUCAGCUCCCUCCUGGACCAGUCCCCGCUGGUGCUCUUCGACUACGAGUAUCCUGCGUGGAGCAUCUGGCUGGGACACCUGAUUGGGGUCUCCUCCUUCCUCUGCAUCCCCACCUACAUGGUCUACAAGCUGGCCUGGACCCCCGGAUCUCUGAAGCAGCGCCUGGCCCUGUGUCUUCGGCCAGAGAAGAUGGCCCGGGAGCUGACCCUGGAGAUGGUGGCCGUGCCAGCCCCCCUUUAA